AUGGAUACAUCACAACAAGAGGAACUGGAGGAGAAAGAACAAAAGAAGAUAGUCAGCUGCGAUUGCCUCAAGAACAGCCCAUUGUUUCAAGACACUGCGGCUUCCGCAGUCUUUUGGCAAUCCGCGUUCUAUCUCUUUUUGUCGAUAUUGGCACCGCUACAAGGAUGGUUGAAUAUGUUGGUGUAUACUCGGCCCAGAUUCGUCAAGUGGCGCCAAACGAAAAAGAUGGAGAAGGAAAGGAAACGCAAGCUGUUGGAAAGACAGCAAAAGAUCAAGGAACGAGCCGUCAUGAAUGAUGCUAGGGGAGGCCCGGUAGCAGUGUCGCAGCAGUCAUCUCGACACGGCCAAGACUCGACUGCCAGUGUCACUUUGCCAACCCGCAAAGAAGAAAAGCCAGUGUCAGUAGAAGCUGAGGGUGACGGAAUCGAAGAAGGAAUAUCUGACAACGAAGCAAUAGCAUUAGAGGACUCCGCCGUUUCGGAAGGUAUCGAUUGGGAAGAACUUGCCAGCAUGAGUGAACCAAUCGACGGCUGGGAUCUGGAUGGACAUUCAAAGAAGUUUGAUUGUCUGUCAGCAUAG